AUGAAGAGAAAGCAUCCGGAAUAUGAGGUAAAGCAGACUACGAAGCGACUAAGAAGAAGUCCUGACGUUUGGUCAGUUGGAGGAAAUAAUAUGAACUCUGCUUCACCUCCAAAUCGUCCCAGCGGGGUUUCUCCUCAGAGCCCGGUCGAGGAUAGUACAUUGGAGGUGUCUCUUUGUCCGAGGGAUUCUCAGCUGGAGCAUGGCUAUGAUUUAGAGAGCACAAAUCCUGCGCAAAAAGAGGUCAGAAACAAUGCUGCUCCGUUCUCAUUCAGCGAUUCGACCUUGCAAGAUGCGACAACUAUGGAACAGAAGCUCCUACUCGAGGAAUCCCUCUUUAACCCCACAAAUGUCGCCGGCAUACCACAACCCACUUCAUACAACACCGACUUGGCCGUCUUCGACUUUAGCCAAGAUAUCCCGGAUCCUCUUCUACUCGAUGACUUGAGCCCAAGUCCAUCUCCGGACGAUUGGAUGCCGUCUCCUUUACAAACUAAGCGGGGCUGCGAUCUGUUCUUCGCACACGUCUCUCUAUUUGUCCCUUUUCUUCAUCAACCGACAUUUAACACCUCUACAACCCCUCCUCACCUGCUCGUCAGCAUGCUCUCCCUCGCCUAUCAAUACGCUGAAGAUCCCGAAUGCGGUGAUCAGGAAAGCUCAGGUGCCAACCUGUCUCUUUGUUGCUUUCGUCGAGCCCAAGUUCUCAUUGCCGCCGAGGACAGCAGUGCAGGUACAUUAUCGAACAACGUCUCCCUCGUUCAAUCGUAUCUGCUACUCCAAAUAUGUGCUAUUAUGUAUUAUUGUGGCGAUUACUCGGCCUACGGAUUAAAAUUACACUCCAGCAUGAUCUCUCUAGCUCGUGCCGGCGGAAUUAUGCAGCAAAUGUCAAUCGAGUCUACUACGACCGAGGACCUAGAUUCAUUAUGGCGGGAGUUCAUCAGAGCCGAGACUCAUAAGCGAACAGUUUUUGCUGUCCAUCAAAUUGACGCGCUCUGGUAUCAAUUCUUCUCUAUCCCGCGUUCAAUCUCACAUUUGGAAGUGAAGCAUGAUCUGCCAUGUCCAGAGGACCACUGGGCGGCUUCUUCGUCUAUGGAUUGGGCGCAUCGACGUCUUGUGGCGAGGAAUUCUGAACCCUCAGUCCCAUAUGCGGUUGCAGUUCGGCGAUUUAUCUCAGCCGAUUCGGAUCUCAGCACGAUCCCGCCGUUUGAUCCAUAUGGAGCUAUCAACAUCGCACAAUUUCUGAUCUCUAGCGCCCGUGAAAUCUCGGGCUGGUCCUCCAUGACGGGAAUGCUGAGCAUAGAACGAUUCGAGGCGCUGAGAUCAUCGCUCAUCGCGCUUAGCCCCUUUAUUCGUCCGCAACGCGAAAGCCCAACAACAAUAACGCACGCUGCAGCCUGUACGGCCACAUGGGAGACAGCCAUGAUAGAAUUGCAGAUGUGGUCUCCGUCUCAUACUGGGGGCAUCGUGGAGGGGAGCAUCAAUGCCGUACUAAAUCAAUCCGCUUCCCUGGCCGCUUCAUAUGACUUCCUGUGUGAAGACAACGCGUCCGAAGCUAUUCAACCACACGUUGAUUGGUUCUUGCGCUAUCUUGAUGAGACACCGGUACCGGACUCUGAGGCCCCGUGGAUUGCCUUGUACGCGUACAAAGCAUUUUUGAUUGCUUGGCAACUUAUCUGUGGCGGUGUACAUGGUGCUAUGCGCGUUGUCGGUGUCGAUGAUGGCAACAAAGAGCAAGCUUUAAUGUGGGCAAGGAAGGUUUUCCAGCGCAGAGGGCGAUGGCAAGUUGGCAAGCUUGUGAUGUCAUGCUUGGACGAGCUUGCGAAACAGUGUUUACGCUGA